AUGGAGUCCGAUCUCCCCAAUUCCCGCGAUGAAUGGAGUCCCGUCCGCACUCACGCUCUGGUGAAACAUCGCCGGACGGUUGCUCUCGGCGGCCUCCACGUUCUUCCCGAUGAAACAUUAUGCACGAUUCUAACGAAGCUCGCGCCUCACGAUAUUGGUCGCCUCGCUUGCGUGAGCAGUGUGAUGUAUAUAUCAUGCAAUGAGGAGCCCCUUUGGAUGGGUAUGUGCCUCAGCAUUUUAAAUCAUGAGCUUGAGUACAAAGGCUCGUGGAAGAAGACAACCUUGCAUCAACUAGGAUUGCAUGACAAGUAUUAUGAAGCUUGCAAACAAAAUUUGCACUUUGAAGGUUUUAGUUCGUCGUUCCUCUACAGGAGAUUAUACAGAUGUUAUACCUCUUUAAAAAGUUUCUCUUUUGAUGAUGGAAAUGUUGAGAGGAGGAAGAACAUGUCGUUAGAAGAGUUCCAUGAAGAGUAUGAUGGCAAAAAACCGGUGAUGAUUGAUGGACUGGCUGAUAAUUGGCCAGCAAGGAAAUCAUGGACAAGUGAACAAUUGUUGAUGAAAUAUUCAGAUACAAAGUUUAGGAUAUCACAAAAGAGUCCAAAGAAAGUUAAUAUCAAGUUUAAAGAUUAUAUUACCUACAUGCAAGUCCAACAUGAUGAGGAUCCUCUCUAUAUCUUUGAUGACAAGUUCGGUGAAGUCGCACCAGAUAUGUUGAAAGAUUAUAGCAUUCCCCAUCUGUUUCAAGAAGACUAUUUUGAUGUUCUGGAUAUGGAUAAACGACCGCCUUUUAGAUGGCUUAUUAUUGGACCAGAGAGAUCUGGGGCCUCAUGGCACGUCGAUCCAGGUCUUACUAGUGCAUGGAAUACUCUCAUCUGUGGCCGUAAAAGGUGGGCAUUGUAUCCUCCCGGAAGAGUUCCUUUAGGAGUGACAGUACAUGUGAAUGAAGAUGAUGGUGAUGUCAAUAUUGAUACUCCAUCAUCUUUGCAGUGGUGGCUGGAUUUCUAUCCUCUUCUUGGUGAUAAUGACAGGCCGAUAGAGUGUACCCAACUUCCUGGCGAAACAAUAUAUGUUCCGAGUGGGUGGUGGCACUGUGUAUUAAAUUUGGAGACAACUAUAGCUGUCACACAAAAUUUCGUUAAUUCCAAAAACUUUGAAUUUGUGUGUCUGGACCUGACUCCUGGUUACCGUCAUAAAGGCGUAUGCCGUGCGGGUUGGCUUGCUAUUGAUGAUGAUGAUUUUGAGGCUAUUAGAAAUAAAUCCCUGCCCAGCAAAAAUAAUUUGAGCUACUCUGACCUGUCUAGGAAAGAGAAGAGGAUCAGGAUAUGCCAGUCACUAGAAAAUAUAGAUUCUGACAAUGGUAGUUAUGAGACGCCUAAAAGUGUUAGUUCCUGUGAUUUAGAAUACUCAUAUGAUAUAGAUUUCUUAGCUAUGUUUUUGGAUAACGAGAGAGACCACUAUACCUCUCUGUGGAGUUCUGGAAACAUUAUAGGGCAGCGAGAAAUGCGAGAUUGGUUGUGUAAGCUUUGGAUUGGAAGACCAGGACUUAGAGAUCUCAUAUGGAAGGGAGCUUGUCUUGCUCUCAAUGCUGGAAAAUGGUAUGAUCGGGUGGAAGCAAUUUGUGUCUUUCACGAGUUACCUUCACCUCUGCACGAUGAGAAACUUCCAGUUGGCACAGGCAGCAAUCCUGUUUAUCUCAUUGACGACUAUGUGAUAAAAAUAUUUGCUGAAGGAGGGCUUGAAGCUUCACUAUAUGGGUUAGGCACUGAGCUUGAAUUUCAAAAUCUACUAAAUCAUCAGAAUUCCUCUUUAAAGAAUUGCAUUCCUUCUGUACUGGAAAGUGGGAUUCUCAUUUCCGAAAAUGGAUCGUAUAGAGUCUUUCCCUGGGAUGGUAGAGGCAUACCUGAAGUGAUUGCCUCCAGCAAUCUCAUUUCAGUAAACCAAACAGAUGUUGAUUACCCAUUUGGUGUUUGGGGCAAAAAACAGUUCGAAUAUCAAAAUGCUGGAAAGCCGUUACACAAGUCCGGAGAUUGUGGUAAAAGAUCAUUCGUGUGGCCGUACAUUGUGACAAAAAGAUGCAGGGGGAGGAUCUUUGCGGACCUUAGAGAUACCCUCUCGUUUGAAAACGUUCUCAAUUUGGCUUCCUUUCUGGGUGAGCAGCUGCAUGACCUUCAUGUUCUGCCUGUCCCUUGUCCAUCCCAUGGUAAUAGGAACGCCAUUAAGAUUGACCAUUCAGCUGAAUGGAAAUUGUUUAUCACGACUCUAAACCGGAAAAGAAAGGGUAUAAUGACACGUUUGUCUGAAUGGGGUGAUCCAAUUCCGGGCAACCUGAUAGAGAAAGUUGACGAAUACAUCCCACAUGACUUAACCCUGCUAUUUGAUAUUUAUGAGAAUGACACAGAGAUUUUGAAAUCUUGGACCUGGAUACACUCUGAUGUCAUGGACGAUAAUAUCUACAUGACACCUUGCCCCUCAGCAUCUUUAUCAGGGAAAUGUAAUGAAUCUCGUCUGGCAGAAAAUCCGCUUGUGGCAGAUUCUAACCACCACAGAGAAAAGGAUACCUGGUCCCCAAGCCACAUCCUUGAUUUUAGUGAUUUAACUAUAGGGGAACCUAUACUCGACUUAAUCCCAUUAUAUCUUGAUGUAUUCCGAGGAGAUUUUCAUCUCUUGAAACAGUUCCUUAAGAGCUAUAAGCUUCCCUUAACGAGAAAGACUUCAUCAGCGAAGGUGGUCGAGGGCAAAAGAUUUGGCCAACUCUCUUACAGAACAAUGUGUUAUUGCAUUUUGCACGAGGAGAAUGUUUUGGGAGCCAUUUUCAGCCUCUGGAAAGAACUGAGGACAGCAAACUCAUGGGAAGAAGUUGAGGAAAAAGUGUGGGGUGACCUAAACAACUACUCAGGCUUCUGUUAG